CACGUCACUAAUUGUGAGUCGUGGUCGUGUAGAAUGGCUUCUGUUCAACGUGUAAGCACAGUUGAUGAUGAUAGUUUAGUACGAGAAACGGCUUUAAAUGGCGAUUAUUCAGAUGGUACUGCUACUAUAGAUUUAUCAGAUAGUCCUACAAUUACCAGAAUGGAAGAUAUGUUGAGAGUUGCAACAGAUUUGCAGGAAAGUUCGUCAGUUCAUGAUACAAAUAGAGGUCCCCAGUACAACAGUUAUCCAGAUGCACGAAAUAGCUCCAGCAGUAGUAACUUGAUAGGUGAGGGUAAAGGAACUGUUGUUCAGUCCAACACUACAGCGAAAAUGGAUAACUUCAAGAAGUGGAGCAUAUCAACAUAUAAAUGCACUAGACAAUUGCUGUCUGAAAAAUUUGGUAAAGGAUCAAGAACAGUGGAUGAAGAAUUGGAAAGUCAAGUAGCAGUCCUCAAAGAGACACAGAAAAAGUACCAGAACAUUUUACGUCUUGCAAAACAACUGACUCAGCAGUUUUCAGCUAUGCUAUUAACUCAACGGAGUCUUGGUGAUGCUUUUAGUGAUCUUGGAUUGAAGACCCCAGAUCUUCAUGACGAGUUCAACUAUAAUGCUGAGACUCAGAAAACCCUGGCACGGAAUGGUGAUGUUUUACUUGGAGCAUUAAAUUUCUUCACAGCUAAUCUGCAGACAUUAUGCUCUAAAACAAUUGAAGAUACAAUGGCAACAGUAAAGGCAUAUGACACGGUUCGAGUGGAGUUUGAUGCCUACCGAGCUGAUCAUCAAUAUUACACCCAGACAACCCCAACAUCCUCUGCUGCAUCAUUUAAAGCUGAAGAAGCAAAAAAGGAAUUUGAGAAGCAAAAAGAAAGAUAUGAUCGAGUUAGAAAUGACCUCACUAUAAAGUUAAAGUUCUUAGAAGAAAAUAAGGUUAAGGUAAUGCAAAGACAACUACUCUUAUUUCAUAAUGCCACCACGGCGUACUUCUCUGGAAACAAGCAAGCUCUAGAAAGUACUAUGAAAGAAUUUCACGUGAAAAUGGCAAGUAAAGAUGGUGGACAGUCGUUCUUAGAACAAAAAUAACAAUAAAUCUUGGUAGAAUAUUGUCAAGAUACAAAGAAUCUUAGUAUAUAGUAUUUACGAUGUACAUGAGCUGCAUGAAUGUCAAUUGCAUUUUAAACUGUCAAAUGAACAGUUUCUGUGUGCCAUUCUGAGAUCAAUGCUAGUUUCAACAGAGUGUGAACAUAGAAAUAGAGGAAAACAGAAUCGUAAGAACAAAACAUUAAAGAUUUCAUUAAAUAUACUAUGAUUUA